AUGAAGUCUACGUUUGUUUUGUGCGGCCUGUUGCUAGUCAACGCCGCCAAAGCCGGAUUCCUUGGCGGUGGCGGAGGUCUUGGUGGUGGAGGAGGUCUUGGAGGUGGCGGCUAUGGAGGUGGCGGCCUCGGAGGCUACGGAGGCGGAAGCUAUGGCGGCGGAAGCUACGGCGGCGGGGGUUACGGAGGCGGGGGCUACGGUGGUGGAGGCCACGGCGGCGGGGGCUACGGAGGCGCCGGACUCGUCGGAGGCGGUGGCGGAGUAGGCGGCGGCGUCACGUCGACGUACCUCGUCCGAACCGUCAGCAAGACCCAUCACGGAGGCGGCGGAUUCGGCGGUGGCGGCGGACUUGGAGGAGGAGGCUUCGGUGGAUACGGCGGCGGAGGCUACGGUGGUGGAGGAUACGGCGGUGGCGGUCACGGCGGGUACAGCGGCGGCGGUUACAGCGGCGGUGGAUACAGCGGCGGCGGAUACAGCGGCGGUGGAUACAGCGGGGGAGGAUACGGUGGUGGCGCGCUCGGUGGAUUUGGUGGUGGAGGUUUCGGAGGCGGCGGCACAGGUGGUCAUGCCAAGGUGAUCAUCGUCAAGUCCGCUGGAGGUGGCGGCCUCGGAGGUGGUGGAUUUGGCGGCGGACUCGGCGGCUACGGUGGGGCCGGCCUUGGAGGCGCCAGUUACGGUGGCGGCGGCUACGGAGGUGGCGGCUAUGGAGGCGGUGGCUAUGGAGGUGGCGGCCACCAUGGCGGCUGGCAAUAAGGCUGACACGGAUGCCAGAGCAAAGCUGCAGCGCAUUUCCAUCCGAAGCGCGGCGACUAAGGUGCACAUUGCACCUCUUCGACGACGACGGC